AUGGGAAUCCCAUCCUUCUUUAGAUGGUUAGCAGAGCGCUACCCGCUAAUAUGCGAAUCGCAAGAUGUCUCAACAGCCGAUAAAGGCGAUGCUUUUAUGCUGUUGAAGAACCCCGAGAGUUUUAGAGAUAAAUUUGAAAAUUUAAACUUAAAUUUAACACCUCCAGACGGAUUCGAUAAUUUAUAUUUAGAUGUUAAUGGCAUAGUACACAACUGCUCACAUAGUGUAGUAGAUCUAUGCCAAAAUAUAACCUGUGAAGAUGACAUUUUCGUGUCAAUUUUCCAAUGUAUAAUAAAUAUCGUUAAUAUAGUCCGGCCGAAAAAGCUCCUGUAUCUGGCAGUGGACGGAGUUGCACCGAGGGCAAAAAUAAUACAGCAGAGAGAACGGCGUUUUAGAGCAGCGAUGGAAUCUACACAGCAACAAAUAAUACUCGACUCCUUGAAGGAUAUGGAAAAUGGCGAAGAAUCAGCUGAUCUAAACGAGAAAGAAGAAGAAUUUAAGUUUGACCCAAUUCAAAUCACGCCUGGAACAGCAUUCAUGGAAAGGUUAACAUCGCGUUUGCAGUUUUUCGCACUGAAGAUGAUCAAUGAGAACCAACAGUGGAGAAACCUGAAGAUAGUGGUAAGCGGAUCAGAUGUGCCAGGUGAAGGAGAACAUAAAAUUAUGGAGUACAUUAGAAAUGAUAAGGCGAUAAGACAUGCUGAAUAUGAGAAGAUGAUUAGAAAUGGAAAUAAAGAGAAAAAAGGUGUCCCGUAUGUGUCACACUGUGUAUACGGUUUGGAUGCAGAUUUGAUUGUACUAUCAUUAGCAACACAUGAGCCUUACAUAUGCCUUCUGAGAGAACAAGUGGUGUUCGGUCACAUGAAAAACUCGUCCAAAAUGAGGAUGAUGGUAAAUAUGAAUAACUACAUACUCCUGCACAUAGGAAUACUCCGAGAAUAUCUGGUUGCAGACCUCGUUGAGGACCUAAGACUGAGAAGUGACCUCAACGUCAUGGAUAGAGUUGUAGACGAUUUCGUCUUUUUGACGAUGUUCGUGGGAAACGAUUUCCUCCCACACAUACAUAUGGCUAACAUACCUGAAGGAGGAUUUAAUCACAUGUUACAGAUAUAUCGCGAAUAUUUGGUUGAGUCACUAGGAGGAAAACAAAACUCAUACCACAGCCCGAUACACAACACAAACAAGAUUAACAACAGUAAAGACGUUUGGCUGACGUCUGGUUGCGGUGAGGUGAACUUCGACAACUUGAUACUGUUUAUGAAUAAAUGGGCAAGAUACGAAAACCGGACAGUACAAAACUACCUGACUACAGAAGUUGUAGAGAAGACUAAUUUGAAGAACCAGAACAACAACAAUAAUACAAAAGUUGUUAGUUUUAACAGUAACCGAGUUGUGGUAAAUCACUCAGCGAAUGUGAGUAAAUCGAAGACGUCAAUAACCGUAAUUGACGUAAAAAACUGUAAAAUAGAAACAGAUUUAUCAGAUUUCAACGCCAAAUACCCAAACGAACCCCAAACUCUGGUGGACUACAGGAACAGAUACUACCUGGCGAAGAUGGGCAUUUCAAACCAGCUCAUAAAGUGUAACGAAGGUUCAGUAAAUUCUGUGGAGGAUGUGGUAAGGGAAUAUUUACAUGGGGUACAGUGGAUACUCUACUAUUACUACAGAGGAGUCCCAUCUUGGAACUGGCAUCUACCGUGCAAAUACCCUCCAUUUGUGAACGAUAUGCUCCUUUUCCUCAAAAAUACAAAGAGGAAGUUAACAAUGACAGAUAAGGCACAAUUCUCAUACCCACUUCUUCUGUCAGAUGUGUUACAUAUCAGCUUUGUUAAAGGAAAACCAAUAACGCCCUUCGAACAACUCAUGCUUGUACUUCCACCCCAGUCAGCACACUUUCUACCCAGCGUCUUUAGUCGACUGAUAACUGAUCAGGAAUCACCACUGCAUCAAUAUUAUCCAUUACACUUUGACGUUGAUAUGGAUAACACGAAUGUUCCCUGGGGAGGAAUCACACUGAUACCACUAGUACCAUACCCACUACUGCUUCAACAAAUGAAUAAAGCAUUGGACUCAAAUAACCAAUUAAAUAAUUUAAAUUCACAUCAUACUAACCAUGCCUUUGGUAACGCUAAUCACACUGUUAAUAGCACUAACCACGUUGCUAAAAGUAGAAAUUUGGUUAAUAACAAUCAAGUUAGUGGUUUGAUGAAUAGUUUAAAUCAGCUAAUAAGUAAUAAUGACAAUAAUAACGAGUUGAAGUAUAUGUGUAGUAACAUGUUGACUGAGGAGGAAAAGGAUAGAAAUAAGUUUGGUCUGGCAAGGAUAUACUCAUUUGACGCAAAGGUGGCCAAACCCUUGGAGUCGCCAUUUAAAAUAUUCCAUGACGUAAAAGAGUGUAAGGUUCUGUGUAAUCCAUUUUUUAACCCUUCACUGAAGGAACCACACUUCCCAAACACACUACUGCUUCCAAAUACAUCACACCUUAAGACGCCAAUACAACAUAACCUCUGGUUCCCAAGCCUAAAUAACUUGCCUCACAGGUUACUGUCAAAGAGAGGAGUGGAUGUAUUUAACAGUAAGUCAAGACACCCGAGCCUUUACCUGAACGUAUUCCAGAACCUGAAUAACGUAACAAUGACGAACGUCACCAAGUGUACAACAACCCCUUAUAUUUCAGUGGGAUACCCAUAUAAACACCUGGGGAAACUCAAGUCAAUACACACACCAUACCUAAUGUACAGUGAUAAGAAACUGUCAGGAAGUAAUCCGGCAGAGCUCAAGGAAACUAUUGGAAAGAUAGACGCAACGUUGGAUAAGACGGGAAUGAUAGUGGGAUAUAAAACGGGAACAGUGAACCUAAACCCGAGGAUUUUGGACCAGAACAACCAAAUUCUGCUAAACAUGUUCCAAAAAUUACAGGGAGCAGUUAGAGUUCCACCCCUGAACGUGGUAAACGAAACAAGGCUACUAGGCCUGGAACAUUUAUGCGAAAACGUAGUGGUAACAUACACAGUACUUGACAAGAAUCUCCAGGAAACAAAAAUUACAAAACAAGUGUUUCUACCCAUGGUAACAUUCCUAGAUCAGCCGACAAAUGUUUCAAAAGUGCAUGUAAUGCCAGAGGAUGACAAAAACAAGGUGCUAAUGAAGGAGAUGUUAACACUUCAGCAAGAGCUUAGAAACCAUGAGUUGUUAUACGGAAAAUAUGAUAAACCUAAGAUUAAAGCAGUUUGCAUGAUGGAGGGCUCAAUGUACGGAAGGGUUGGAGUUCUGGAAACAGUGGGAAAGACGUUUGAUUCAGUGAGUGCAGUUUUUACACUCCCAAACGUAAAGCUUACAAUAGGUGAUACUUCGCUGCUUGAUUUCAAGAACUUCAUGGAACUGCACCAGAAGCUGUCAGAACACAAAAUCAAAUGGUACUCGUUUGAAAAAGCAUGCCACUUGACAAACCUGAAGAGCCAAGUGGCGAGCGUAAUGUUCCAGAAAUGCCUAGUUGGUGAGUUUAAAACUGACGUUGGAAUGAAUUUGGUGUAUUUUGACACAGAUUUGCAAGUCCCGUUUUGUCUCCCAGGAUACACACAAUUGAGCCCCAGAUACCAUAACGAAAUCGAUCCCAUAGAAAUGGUACAGUACUCUGGAGAAUGCCUGGAACUAGUUGAACUCUAUAAAGAAAAGUUCCCAGAGCUGUUUGAUUUACUUGAACACCAAGAACCAACCAAGGAGAAGAAAACACUUGACAUCAAUGAGUUGUACCCGAACUUGACACCAGAACAAGCCUCAUUUAAGUUGAAACAGAUUACUAAGUUUUGUGACUCUCAACCAUUCAGACGCCUGAAGCUUACACAGGGUAAUUAUACAUGCAUGACCAGGAACCAAAUACAAUUGCUAAUUCAACACCAAGAUGAAUAUGCAUCAGAGAACUCUGCACCAGAAAACACCAUGGUUAAAAUGGUAAGAGUAAACCACAUGAAAAACCUCCACAUACCAGCAUACAACACAACGUUGGUUAACUUCGACCUUUCAAAUAUAUACCUGGGACAAGCAGUGGUUUAUAUAAACCAUAACGAAAGAGUUCCUCUGGGAACAAGAGGAAUCAUAGUUGGCAUUUACCCCAAUCGACCAGUGAUUGAGGAUGAAACAAACCUUGAUCAAAGUAAGAAAAUCAAUUCUUCUGGAUCAAAGCAUGAAAACGAAAACUCAGAUAUGACGUUGGAAGUGGUACUGGACCAUGAUAUUCUCUCUGCAACUGAUUUGUUUGGCCGUUGCACCAAAAUGCGAGGUAUAUUCGUCAGCCCGACCGAAGUGCUAUAUCUCUAUAACCAAAACAUCCAAAACAUAGACGUGUACUCAUCACUCUAUUCACAGUGCGACAGAAACAACUCAAACUUUAUAAGCUAUGUAUAA